AAGAAGCAACUCAGAAGGAGGAAAGCAGUGAAGUUAACGAAUCGAGGAAGAAGAGUGGACAUGUAUAACUUUUGUUACUUCUACAGUGCAAGCUUAUGGCAGUAAAUUAACAAAUUGACUGCUCUGAUCUGGAAUGUCAAAACACGAAAUUCAGAGUGGUUCAGGAGCAAAGCCUUUGUGUUCCCUAGGACAUUCUCCUUUAACGAUUCGCAUCCGUUGCAUCUAAGCCUCCUGUCUAAGGCCAAGGACGUUUUCCCGCCAAAACGGACUUGUUCUUACCUACCACCCCUAUAUUACCGUGCCUCUUCUAGAGCCACAUUCUACGAAGAAAGAGACACAUAGAGAAACUGUGUGAUGAAGAGCACAUCCAAAGUGAUUAUGGGUGCAACCUUGGUGAUGGUGGUAACCCUCGCAGUGGUCCUAGUCCUUAUAUUUGUGCUGUUAGCCGAGCUCUAUUGUUCUCUCUUACUCCGCCGGCGCCACCGUAGAAACAACACCAUUCCCAAUGUCAGUACUCAACCCACAACAGCCAGAGCUAGUGCUUCACCUUCUCAGACAACCUCACACCACCACCAACACUCUCCAAUCCGCAGCAUUUACACACAAGGAGUCUUCCAAGCUCCAAUAAGCAUCCUUCUCCCCGCAGUUUCUUGCGAAGAAGACAACAAAGCUGGGCCAAGAAAGCAGAUUCACUAUCCUGAACUCCAUCAGCUUCUUCAAAUCCAAAUCCAACCCCAUGAAUCCAAUCCAAAUGCAAGCCCUUCCCCACCUCCAUCCUUCAUAUCCAUAACACCCUCGAAACCAAAUCUCGAUCACCCACUUCCUCGUGCCCCGGGAAAUCUUUGUCUUGAUGAUAAUAAUAAACCUUGCAGCGGCGGAGAACAGCUCGUGUACAUUUCCAACCCCAUUUAUGAAAACCACGGGAGCCAAGUGAGCGGAGCAAACACCCCAUUUGAGACACCAGACACUUCGCCGUCGCGUUUGGAAAGAAGUGGUUCUUCUGAGGAGGAUGAGGCAACCCCUUGUAUCACCCACUCACCUCCAUCUACCCCUCCUUUGACUCCAAUGAAGAAGCUCCCUUCAGAGGCUUGUUCCGUUUCCCUGAGAGAUGCAAGGUCCUUCGCCACUUCAUGCAGCGAUUCACGAAGCAACAUUGGCCUCUCUUCAUCCUCGGCUUCCCCUUCCACUUCUCCUUCAUGGUAACUGUGAUUCUUCUUCCAUGGUGAGGUCAGAUUGCACGCGUGAAAGCUUCUGUUUUAAUUAGGAGGGUAGUUCUGUGAACAAGGCAAUGGUGGUGUAAGAACAAAAGUAGUAAUUGCAUUAGCAGCAUGAGAAAAGAAGCUAUGAGUAGUUUCUUUUUCCAGGUGCGGUUAUCAUAUCAUAGCGCCUGUUUUAGUAAAUAGUAACACUCAUGGCUACUCAACUUCAUUAUUAUUUAACUUUGUUUAUCUAGGCA